AUGGUUUAUACUUUAAAAUCCAUUUUAACAACCAGAAGAAUUUUUGUUUCUAUUUUGCAGGAAAAAUUACAACAGUUGGGUACAAGAGCAGCAGAAAUAUUUGAAAUCAAAUCACAUAUACAAAGCCGCCAAACAGAACAAGCACAAGUAGAAAAGGCAAUAGCUGACUUAUUGAAGAAUAUAGAAAAUGAGUUCCAAGGUUCAACAGAAGAUUUAAAACGAUUAUUAAAUGAAUUCCAAGAUAAAGUUGAGGAAAGACAGGAUAAACUAACACAUGGUCAUAAAGAAAACAUAAGAAAAAGAGAUACAAAAAUUGUUGAAGUAGCAGAUAACUACUCGUUUGAAGGUUAUAACCUAGGUAAUAUCAGUGACGAAAAAUAUAAACACUUUUUUGAGGAGAUGAAAAAUUCAUUGGAGACAAAGAAAGCUGAAUCUAAAAGUUUAAAGGCUCAAUAUGAAGAGGAGGAAGAGAAACUACAGAAAAAAUUAGAUAACUUAAAGGAAAGUAAAACAAAACUAGAAUCAAGUGAAAGAUUAAAGACAGAAAUGAUGACAAAGAAUAUUGGUGAGAUACGUCAGAUUAAUCAGAAAUUAAGUAAUAUGGAGGUAUCUGCCGGUAGACUGGAUCAUAUUACAACAGAUUUAAAGAGAGCAGAACAGGAUUUAACAAGUUUAGAAUCUAAUCUGAACUUGGAAGAUGUAAAACGAGAAAUAGCAGAACUUGACAAAACUCGAAAAGAAUUGACCAUGAAAAUCAGUGAUUUGAAUACAGAAUUAAAUAAGUUAACAUUAGAAUCUAAUGUACAAGCUGAAGUUAAUAUGUAUAACAAAGAUAAAGUAUCUAAAGAGGAUAAUAUAAGACGACUUAAAUCCAAACAUGAAGAUACAAUCAACUAUUUAUUAGGUGAUGGUGCAUCAACACAAAAUCUGAGAGGAAAAUUAGAAGACUUUAUCUAUGAACAAGGUGAUUCAGUUAAACGUUGUUCUGAGGAAUUACAAAAUGCACAAAGGAGUCUUUCUUCUAAAGAAGCACAACAAAAAAUGUUACAACAACAGCUAAGACAGAAAGAAGAUGAGUUGAGGAAAUUAGAUGAUAAGAUUUUAACUGUCUGUGGUAGUCAGAAUUAUGAUGAUGAAUAUCAGAAUGUUCAACAAAAACUAACACAAACUCAAGAAUCAAGGGGAUCCUUAUUAGGAGCUGAACAUUUUUUUAAGCAGUAUGUAACAGAUUUGGAGAAAACUGAUCCAUGUUGUCCUCUCUGUCAUCGAGGUUUUGAAACAGAAGAAGAUGUUCGUCAACUUAUAUUAGAGCUUCAAGAUAAGUUACGAAGGGUACCUAGUAGAUUGAAUAAAGCCGAGAAAGAUUUAGAAGAAUAUCAGACGAAGUAUGAUAAUAUGACACAACUUAAACCAUUACGAGAAAAUAAAACAGAUGAGUUACAAGCUAAAGAGAAUGAUGAAGGUAUGGCUAAAAGUAUGCAGCCUGAUGUCCUUAUGAUAGACAGGUAUCAGGGUGAACUUAGAGAAUUAGAGAGAAAAAUAGCUACCAAAUCGGCUAUGUUGUCAGGAGGAGUUGCAAGAAGAACUAUAGAAGUCGUUGUUGAAGAAAAGGGAGAUAAGGAACAUACAUUGGACAAUCUCAACAAAACACUGGAUCACAAGAGACAGAAAAUGUCAGACCAUACAGAGAAGUUACAACGAUUGAAGACUAAAGUUCAUGACUUAAAAUCAGAAAAACUACAAAUAACAAGUGAAUUACAACAGCGAACAAAACUAGAAGAAAGUAAAAUAUCUCUCAUAUCAGAUAAUAAACAACUUGAAGAUGAUAUUAAGGAUGCUAGAGAAGAGAUAAAACCACUUGAGACCCAAAUAACUCGAACCAAGGCUCAGAAAGAUGAUGUUGUGAAAGAAAAAGAAGAGAAGAUUGAAUCAGCCAAUCAGGAGGUUUGA